CACCAACAGGUUGAAGGGGGGUGGGGGAGAGAACCGGAAGUGGGUUCAGACAGCGUGGUGUAUGUCAAUCUCGCUGGUUGCGAACUUCGGUGGGAAUUUGUUUACAUCGAGCUGCGAGGACUUCGACGAGACUCUGCACAUUCCGAGUAAUGAAGACAGCGUAAUACAAGCAACAGCAGGAUGCCUCUCGUGAUCAACGGGGCUGUGGUAGACCAGCUUCCACCCGACACACGGACGCUGUUCGAAACAUACCCACACUUCAAGGAAAUUGCGGCAGCUCUGAUUUCCCAAGUACCCAAGGUCAUUGGCCCACUAGGACUGCUGUACAUCCACCAGCGCGAGUUUGCAGUGACUGUGCCUCAAGACAAAAAUGUCAGCGUCCUUGGAACAGAUGAAGCCACUACAUGCAUCAUGGCUAUCAUCCGGCACACAGGUUCCGGGGCUGUGUCGCUAGCACACUUCGAUGGCUCGGGCCUUGAGCAAGGUGUGGCAUCCACUGUGCGCAGAGUGCAGGAGCUUUCGCUUCCCAUUCCAGAAGGAAGGUUUGAGGUCUACCUCGUUGGCGGUUUCCUGGACCGUAGGGGUUACUCGGAAAGUCUGGCCAAUCAGCUUCUCUAUGCCUUGCACAAGCAGCCUGUCAACCUCCACUUGGUGACUGCCUGUGUUUGUGAGCUGAACAACGUUCUUCGCGGGAAUCUCAAUUGGCCAACCAUCUACGGCAUCGGUGUGAACAUCAAGAGUGGUGAGAUAUUUCCAGCCACAUUUCCCGACAAAGGUCCCGAGCUUCCCCUUCGUUCGGCGAGACACUUCACCGGCUGCCAUGAGAUGUGCGACAUCUACGACUGCUCAUUAGGAAUGAUGCGCAUCGGCCCCUUCAACUAUGAGCCAAUGCGAGGAGUCGACCUGUGGCUGUCACAAAAUGACGACUUCAUUCUGCAGCACCUGUCAACGUCGCCCGAGGUGGAGUCACCCAUGUUUGUGAUGCAAGUGCGAGCUGCCCUGAAGUACAUCCAGCAGCACCCGUUCCCGGGCGUCACCGUGUUCCCUGACAAUCGACCACACUACUUCCGCAAGGACGAGGGCGGCGCCUGGAUCCCAUUCUGCUAUUGAACGGCGUUUUGGCGCAGUGUUGGCUGUUGUAGAAAAUGCACCUCGCUUUUUUAUGUGCACUUUCACCCGGUUGUUGCUGGACGUCUUUCGUUGCAAGCAUCGAUUAGUAUUACGGUGGAGUGGUUCGUGCUUCCACGGCCGAGUGUGGUUGGCCUCGAGAGAUCUUGUUUCCAGUGCUCAAAUUUUAAGUGGUGUUGUGCGGUGAGAGUGGCGGCCAAAUUAGCGCUCCAGAUUUGAAUACUCCAUUUAGAAUGGUGUAAGUUCAUGCCUUGAAUCUCUUGUUGUGCUGCACUGAUGGUAUGACUGUCACAGUAGCAUUUUAGAUGGGACCCAGGAAUCUCUGUUCACGGUUGUUCCGAGAAGUUUGGUUCUGCUUGUUGAGAGCCCAAAUGGUUUAAUACUAUUUCCCGCAAAGGAGGGUUAGUGAGUGCAAUGAGCUGCUGCGUGCUUAGUUUCUUUAAUCACGUUGCACGCAUUAGCUGAAGGUCAUGUGAAAGCCCACCAUGUGGAAAUGGCAUUACUUGCCUGACCACGUCAUUCUUGCCGUCAGGUGGCUGUGGUGGUGCAGGUUAUAGCCCCCCCCCCCCCCCGUCCUGGUGGCAAAUGCUGCAAUUUUGUCAGAAGUGGCUAACGCUUCCGCACGAUUCUGUGGGGAAGGGAAACCUCGGCAAAGGCGACAGUGUUGCCGGUGACCCAAUGGGUGGUGCCAUAUUUACAUGAGAGAGAGAGAGAGAAAAAAAUGGCUGCCUUUUACGAAAUUACGAGUUGGAGAGCGAGUCAAGUUGUAUGCGAGGCAGCUUAUGAGUGCAGUUACAGUUGGCGAUCUUAUUAUUCUGAGCUUUUUAGUUACGCAGGGAUGUUAACCCGUGCGCUUGUAAGCUUAUGUUAACACUGAAGCCAAUUCAUUUGGUCUAAUGGUUUUAAUUUGAGUACAAUGUUGUGUCUGUAUAUCACAGUGUUCAAGGUUCAGUAUUUUUAAAAGCACAACUUUAAGGGCAUGUAUAGCCCUCAGACCUAAGUCCUUGUUCCCUUAAGGUCUUGAUUUGGUUUUCAUUGAGCAGCAAAUUGUUGUGUGGUAAGCGUGUACUGCACAUUAGAGUGUAAGCCUCUUUUUUUUAUUGUUAUUAUUUCUUUUUCUCUGGAAUGGUUGCUGUUAACAUCACAUUUUGAAUGUUGUGUCAAUUAGAUAUUAUCAUUCCAUAAUAUGCUUGUGUGUUUCGAUGCUUCUCAAGCCACGGACAGAGAGAUUGUUAAUGCAAGAAGUAUGCAACUCGCAACAACGCAUGCAGUGAAGCACACCCUCUGCAGCAGUGUUCACUUCCCAGAAGCAAAGUGACAACACAGGAGCCAGUGUGAACUUAAAUUAUAUUUGAGUAGUGAUGGUGUCUGAGCUAUGUAUUUUUGCUAGUAGGUGGCUGGCAUGAUUGAUCUUGUUUGUAUGACUCGAGAGUACGGGACCUUGAGGCCACAAGUUCAAAACCCGGCCACAGAAGCCAAGUUAUGAUGGGGUCUGGUGCAAUACUUUUGAUGCGCUACCCCUACAGUUAGUUUUUAAGAAUGGGAUCAAAGAGGAAACUUUUUUUUCUUUUUGAGCCAAUGCCACCUUCAAUUUGAAAGGCACGGUAAAUAUUUCCCUGCAACCUCCACAUUGUUCACAUAAAUUUUGGCCUGUGUGGCGAAGGUCUAGGAAAAAUAUCUUUGUCACGGAUUCCAUGCUCUUGAAAUUCUUACAGCCCACUGUGCUUCUGUGUAUUUGCAUGUUGUAAAAGUCCAGGUGAUCAAAAUUAGUUCAUAGACCUCCACUAUGGUGUCUCUCGUAGCCUACCCUGCUUCCUUUGGAAGGUUGAACUCGACAAUUGAGGUGGGGUAUCUGUGUGUUCGUGUUUCAAUAGGGAUAUGCUAAAUUCUGCAAGCAGGCUUUCCCACACACCUAGUUUGACCUGACCAUGAUGGUCGAUAUCGGGUCAGAAUUGUAAGGUGCCAACAUGCGGGCUGCUGACACGAUUUCUGCUGCGUUCCCUCCCUUGCACCAUCCAGGCUUUGCAAAAUGUGUGUCUCAGGUUUAGCAGUGCUGCUAGCUGGAAAUGGCCAUCUUGGUUAGGGCAAUUUAGCUGUGUUGAAAAGCCUGCUUACGAAAUUUCACAUAUAACCCUAUUGGGAAUGGCAGCAAGUUAUCUUGGGCCAGAAUGUGAGGUCAGGGCCCAUAUUCUGAAACGUUCGCCUUCCGCGAAACUAUCGCCUUGGCCACGCCUCCACCAACGGCGUGCCUUGAUUGGCUGUUUUAACGAAACCGGAUGAUAAGCAAUGCCAUCAAGUAGUUCCGGCGUACGUCACUUUAACGUCAUGGUGUCGAUGGGUGCUCUCGCCAUAAAUUGAAUAAACGAACACGUCCUUUGGCGUCUUUUGGCGUUUGGUUGGUGGUUGAGUGUACUAGAGAUACGAUAGGUGGUAAGUUAUAGUAGUCUUCUUGGUGGUGUCUUGCACGCGUUUUGCGGCGAUAUUUGUUGAUUCAUUUAAAAUAAAACAUUUUACACUUCUUUAUUCAACUUAUUUUACCUAAAGCGACCAUAACCGACCGUAGUCAGUGCGCAGAACCCGUACUGCGGCCACUGCACUCGAAAACAACACACCUGAACUGCUCUGCACUCGCACGGUGCACCCUCUCAUGCUAUGUGAAGCGUUUGACGGCGCGUGUGGGUAGUGCACGUUGUCGUCACGGGUAAGCAGUCGCUUGAUUUAUUGAACGUGAGUUUCGUGGUGGAGAAACUUUUGCGGAAGGCGAAUGUUUCAGAAUUCGGCCCCAGAGUAAAAGGUGGAAAGAAAAUGUUGGGCUACCUAGUAGGAGCCAUCUUGGUAAGCGGUGCUGCAAACUAUGGAGAAGAAAAAAAGAAAGGCAGUGACGCGUUAGUUGUUGAUUCUUCUAAGUGUAUUAUUUGAUUGCGAUAACACUUAUAUGGACACUCCAGGUGCACUUCUGCCGUCGGCAUUGCUGUGAUGUUCCGUGUGAAGUCCAAGGGUGAUAAAAUCGUCACCCUAUGCCAUAUGCCGCAUGUGUGAGCGAAUGUGUGCGUGGGUAAGCCGGCGAUUGUGGCUCAAUCUUGCACUCACAAAGAAGGAAUGCUGAGAAGAAGCACGCCGGCUUCUGUCGUGCGCAAGGCUCCAUGGGGAGGGUAGGAAGUGGCGGAGUGUUCUACUUCAGGCAGCCCAGGCUGCUGUAUCUUGAAAGCUAUCUGUGAUGCGUGCAGAGUCCGUGCUACGCUGUGUUUUCGUGUCUUAGUUCGCCUCGAUGCGAGCAGCAGCAUGGAGGUCAUUUCGCUCGCUGCUGCUGUGCUUGCUCCCUGCAGCAUUUGACAGCGAGCUUCCGCAGUCGUCGAGUGAGAUGUGUUCAUGUUUGCUUGUGCACCUGCGACACUAUGCUUGUUAAUUUAGUUAGCAUGCCUUCAUUUACAAGUUUAUGUGGCCGAUAAAACUACUAUCCUUAUUUUGUGUAGCUGUCCACUAAUUUGCUAUCACAAUAGAUACUUUGCCUUUUGAACGAAACUGCAUCUUUUAAAAAAUGUUUGUUAUUUCUCUACGUCAGCUGUCGUUGAUAUUUAAGAAAUAACAAGAGCCAGCUCAGCAUUAGUCGACAAAUGGCUGUUCUGAGAGCUAUGGGAAAUUGAGAAAGAGGCGUUGUGUCUUGUUCAGCCGAACCUUUGGUCUUGUCCGUGACACAUAAAAAGUUUGUCUUGUUGUUAUGUCAGGAAAAAAUUGCAGUUUCGCCCAAAAGGCAGAGCAUUGGUUGGGAUGGCUAAUAUUAGACAGCUAAAGAAAGCGAAGGAAGCGUACAAUGUAAACUGCUGUAAACAUUCGCUUACUAACUAAAUUAAGAGGCAUGGUGUCACGUGCGUACAGGCAAACAUGGACACAUCUCACUUGAUGACGAUGGAUUCUCGCCGCCACAACACUGGUGCGUUGAAGAGUGGCAGCAGUGGCAAAUUAAUUCCCUUUUGUGCUGCGUCAAUGCGAGCUAGGCGUGUGAAAACACAGCGCACAUUAAGGCCCACAGAUUACCUCCAAUGUAGGGCGCAUGCGGCCAUGCUUAGCAGAACCAUCCGUAGCUGUGGACAAAGUUAAAGAUGAGAUGCACGCUAAGCAGAAUUCUUUAUUGGGCUUGUUGAACAAACGUGACAGAAGUAGCUCAAAGAAAUUUGGGGAAAACAAUGGGAGAGAGGUGACAGGACAGAGCGCACUGCCCUGUCACCUCACUUGGAAUUUGUUUUUUUUUUUUUCGAUACUUCCAUCAUAUCUGUACUUUCGUGUAUCGUCUCCAUUUCCAUGGGCAGUUUCUUUCUGCAUUAGAACAGACACCUGAAGUACCAACUCGCAUAGUUGUUGGUGCGACUCCUUUUGUGUUGCUUUAGUUAAUAGGGGGGAUAGCAGUGACAUACUGUAAAAUGUAGACAUGUGCACUGGGGCUGGUGGUGCCGCCCAGCAGAGCUACACCUAUUAACUAGGGUUGCGCAGAACUUUUACCACAGUGACCCAACUAUAUUCCAUUUAUGUGCUGGGGUGAAUGUAUUGGCAGCCACAUAAUAAUGGCAUCUUUGUACGUUUGCUCUUUCCAAAGAAAACAGUAAAGUGACGCACUUGAGUUUUCAGCAUGUUAAGGUUGACAUGGCGCUGUUGCCACCAGUACUUCUGUUCCCAGGUACUUCGUCUGCUCUUGCAGCAUAGCUCUAUAGUAAGAACGUUUUCAUUGCAUUUAAGCCUCUCGCUGGUUUCAUGAGCUGCUAUGCAUUGGUGACUGUCUUUAUGCUUACCAAAGCUCUUUUCCGUGGCCUGUCUGCAUCCAAAUGUGGCGAAGUAUCAUGUUUGCUCAUGACCAUUCCCAUUGUUUAGUGCAGUUUGGUGUCGUGCUUCUGUUUUAUGAAUAUUUGUGUUCAUGACUUCAUAGAGUCAUGAAAAUCACCCAUCACCAGUGGAUCAAAUUACCUUUUUUUAAACGUCAUUGUUUCACAUACUUGUAGUGUAGUUUAUGUUCGGUGAGCUUUCUUUUGUGUGUGGUGGAAGAGAUGUGUCGGUGGAUCAUUGUCUUAUAUAUAGUUGUGCUGCUCAUUUUCAUCUGGAAUGGUGGGUCUAUAGUGCUUCCGUGUUAAACAGUAUUCUUGCCUCAGUGUCCUCUUGCAUUGGUCAUAAUGAAAUCAACAGUUUGCGCACUUCCCAGUGAAAAACUUGACUGAAACCUGUAAUGAGCACUGUAGUGGUCUAAAAUUUUUGUAUGCCAAGUUGUUAACUGCGAACUGAUCAUUUCUUUCUUUGCAUACCCUUAGCUUCCCAAGUUUAACACUGGCCAGCUAGCUUGGUGUUCUGCAUCUUGUUUUAAGUUUGUAAGUCUCAUAACUUGAGCGACUAUUCUUCGAGUAUUUACACAAAAUAUUUAACCAUCAAUUUGAAGCAGCGGUGCCUACGGUUUGACCCAUUUUGCAUUAUACAUUUAUUUUUGUUGUGUUCAGGCACAUAAGACACCUGUGACUAUUCUCGUAUUGUAUUAAUUCUGAGAGUGAUCAUUGCCGUAAUUAUGACAUGACGAGCAGGUCUGAUGAUGUAAUGUCAGUACUUUACUUUCUGCUAGUGCUUACGCUCAACGAUGUCAACAUUUACACGUUGUACAUGAACUUUAAAUGUGUCACUAUGCACUCGUGCUGCUGCGUUACAUACUCGCCGUGACUGUUGUGCUUUAAACAUUCACCUCAUAUAUGUGCCUUAGCUGCGGCAAAUUAUGUUAUACUUGUACUGUAGCGCACAUUAAGGGAAGUGGCGUCUCUAUAACUGUGUCUCUGUUUUAGUCUUAUAUUUAGACGAGUUACACAGAGCUCGAUUGAAGCCGGUGGGUUUGUCGGGGCCUGCAAUCGUUUUCGCUCUCAUCUGUGUUGGUGCUUUUUGGUGCAAUGAUGAAAUCACAUGCAAGAUGUUACUAUAACAUUACUUUUUUUUUUUUACACAAUAAAGUUCCUUUACAUUUUUCUGA